AGCUUGUGGUUCAUCUCGCCCGAGAAAUGGCUGUAAUUGUAACGUUCCUCAACGUACCCCGCAGGCGAUCAUGAUGCAACUGGUAGCAGUGAGCAGAAAUAUGCGGAGAAUUCGCGCAGCCAUCCGUCGGUGUGAUAUAAUAAUGAGCAGAUCUCUUGGCCAGCACAGUUGUAAUUGUCCUAGAAGGCUGCUAUAGUUGGAAUUUCAAGACACUGAAGACGGGCAAGAGAGCAUCAAUGACAGUGUCUGCCAUCAUGAAAAUCAUAUAUAUCCAAACUCUAUUCACAGUGGUGGCAUGUGAAGCAGUAGCGCAAACAGACUAUUCGCAGUAUGUGAACCCCUUCAUGGGGGGUUCUGGUCCAUUCGAAGGUCUAGCUUUUGGAGGGGGCGAUAUAUUUGUUGGCGGCGCCCUUCCAUUCGGCGUCGCGAAAGUGGGAAUAGAUACCUACGAGCACAAUGUGUCUUACUCGACUCUUAACGGCGGUUGGACCCCGAAAGGGUCAGUUACUGGUGUUUCCAUGAUGCAUGAGAGCGGAACUGGCGGUUUUCCAAAGUACGGGAUUAUCAGCCAGAUGCCACUUACCACAAUCGACCAUCCAAUCAACAUCCUAGAUAAUAGAACAUACUGGCAGGACCGGACCGGAGAGGAGGUUGCUAAAGUUGGUUACUUCAAGACCGAGCUGGAAAGUGGUGUCACUAUCGAGCUUUCCGGAGCUCGACAUUCAGCCAUCAUACAAUAUACUUUCCCCGAAGACGAGAAACAUAUAUUGGUCGAUCUUUCGCACUACCUCCCCGACGAGAACGGCGGCUAUAGCGUUCAAGUCUUCCUAGGAGGCGAGAUAAACUUGAAUGGAAGCCAAUAUACUGGGUUCGGAACAUAUGGUGGCGGAUGGAACGAAGGAGCUCCUUACACGGUUUUCUUCUGUGGUGAGUUUGAUACGCCACCAGAUCAAGCCAGAACCUUUCGUGGGAGGAACACAGAUCCGACACAAAGAUAUCACACCUUCAGCAACAUGCCGGUAGGACAACCUAUCUUCAGCUCGAAUGACUCAAACGGGGAGACUUCAGGCCCUCUCAACGACCGUAUCGGCGCUGUUUUCAGUUGGGGUUUAGAUGUGCCAUCCCAAAUCAAAUCUCGAGUAGGGAUAUCUUUCAUUUCAGCCGAGAAGGCGUGCCGGUUCAAGGACGAUGAAAUUGAAACAUGGAACCUGAAUGACACUGUAACGGCUGCGGUGGAAGAGUGGAAUAAAGACGUGUUCAGUCGGAUACAAGUUCCAACGGAUGAUUCUGCCAACCGAACGAACUUGAUCCUGCUCUAUUCUUCUCUGUAUUUUAUGCAUUUAAUGCCUUCCGAUCGAACAGGAGAAAACCCGCUUUGGGACUCUGAUGAGCCGUCCUGGGACGACUUCUAUACUUUGUGGGAUACUUUCAGAUGUACUGUGAGCUUGUACCACCUUAUUCAACCAGAAGCAUACGAAUCACAGAUUCGGUCGCUGAUAGACAUCUGGCGAUACGAGGGUUACAUGCCCGACGGCCGCUCAGGGAACUGGAAUGGUCUGGUGCAGGGUGGCAGCAACGCAGAUAACGUCCUCGCCGACGCCUACGUGAAAGGCCUGCGCGGGGCUAUCAACUGGACUGAUGGCUACCUGGCCAUGAAGAAGAACGCCGAGGUCACUCCAUUUAAUACCUUUAGCUAUGAUGAUCCAACUGCAAGUGUCAAAGAAGGCCGGGGAGCUCUGGACGACUGGAAGAAUCUCGGUUAUGUUUCAUUGGACAACACGCGAUGCAUAUCGCGAACUGUGGAGUAUUCACUCAACGAUUAUGCUCUGAGUGUUGUUGCUGCAGGAGAAGCGCCUGAAGACGUACAUGUAUAUUUGAAUAGAUCAGCAGGCUGGCAACGUACGUGGAACCCCGAUGUGACGAGCCACGGCUUCAGCGGUUUUCUAACACCACGUUUCUCGGAUGGAACCUGGAACGCGACCGAGUAUAACCCGGCUCUGUGCGGUGGAUGUGAAUGGAGCGCUAUCUCGUAUGAAGCGACGCCCUGGGAGUACUCCUUCACGGUACCCCACGAUGUCCAAAGCCUGAUUAAAUAUAUGGGAGGAGCAACUGAGUUUGAAACGAGACUGGACUAUAUUUUCCAACCCAACACAAGUGAACAAGACCUUUCCGCCAACGGGGCUGGAAUAACAACUAUCAUGAACAUUGGGAACGAGCCCGACUUCGCUACCCCAUAUUUGUACAACUAUCUCAAUAAGCAGUACAGGUCAGUAAAUCAAUCGAGAGCGCUCGCAAACCAAUACUUCCACAACGCUCCGUACGGUGUUCCAGGGAACAGCGACGCCGGUUCUCUUAACUCUUGGCUGGUCUGGCAGAUGCUUGGCCUAUAUCCGAUAGUCACCCAACCUGUCUACCUCCUAGAGUCGCCGUGGUUUGACGACGUCAAUAUCACAGUCAACAGCAACAAGACCUUGCGCAUCACGAGUGACGGCAGCAGCCACACGCUGGGCCAGAGUAGUUUCUACGUACAAUCCGUAAAGGUCAAUGGACAGGACUGGACGAAGAAUUGGGUUGAGCAUGCUGAUCUCAUGGUGGAUGGUGGUACAAUCCAGUUCAGCGUGGGCGACGAGCCAAUUGAGUGGGAGACUGGAGAUGUGCCGCCUAGUCCAGGACACUAUGAGAUAUAAAAAGCCAUCCGUCCAAUGCGCAGAUUGCGAUCUUUCGUCGCAAAGCUGCGGCCUACUUUGAGGUUGGUUGGUCGGUCAACUGCGAGAUCGUGACCGGUAGGCCAGAUAGUUCACAUUAAUGCUUGUUGAAUAGUCUAUUUCGAGACCUGAAAGAAGCGGAUCGAGAAGUCCUCAGCUGCAUGCGAAUCCUACGCACCAGAUCCUCCCGUGCAACCCCACUCAAAGACCUUUUGUUGCCAACAAAACGCUAUUCAUGCGGCA